UCACACACACAGCCGAGCUCUCGCGCGCAGCCGGUCGGUCUGUCGGUCGCUGUGCGCUGUCCACGCGGUGGCGAGAGGAGACGGCAGGUGUCAGAUUCGGUUCCGAUACAGCUUGCACAGCUGCCUUCUUAAAAACAGCAAAUCGAUCAGCUCGGAUGAUAUAGGGGAGACAAGACGCCGGAGGGAUUUGUGUUGCAAUUUUUGGUGGUGUGAACUCUAGCCCCCUCCCUUGUUCCUGACCCUGACCUUGUGACCCCAGGCUGCCAGGACACUGUGAUUGAGGAGGCCACCAUGAGUGAGGAGGGGCAGCAUGACCCCCUCCGCACAGACACCCCACCUACAGAUACACCCCCAGCACCUGAGGGAGAGGAGGAGGCUGACGGCUCUACGGCGAGAGAUUUGGAGCCCUGUAAUGGGACAAAGACAGAGGAGGAAGCAGAAGAUGGCGAUACAGAAAAUAACAGAAACACACAGUCCAGUGCAGAGGAGGAUGAGAAGGUGACAUUAGAAGAGGAAGGCCGAAACAGUGAGAUUGAGGGCAGCUGCUUAGAUCCUGUAACAAAAAAUGGUAAUAAGGACAUCAGUGAAGGUGAAGACACACAGUCGCUGCCGCCUCAAAGCCCAGAAAACGACUCAACCAAACCCCUGUGUACUCUAAGGUUUGAGAACGGGACCGAAGAUGACAGUGAAGGGCAGGAGGACGAGGAGGGGGUCCUCGAAGAGCCAUCAGCACAGGGGAACCUAGACGCCUUUAGCUCCACGUUUGAACUCUCCGUAGAAGAAGCAGAUGCUGAGGUAGAGGACGAGGAAGAGAGGGAGGACGGGGGAGAGGAAAGGGAGACCCGAAAUCAGGACAGCUUCAGCUCUACGUUUGAGAGCAUCGUCGAGCAGGUCGCCAAGACCACAGCUGUGGAGGAGGAAGAGGACGACGGAGAGGAAGAGUACGACAGGACGAAAGAGAGCCAGGACGGCUUCAGCUCCACAUUCGAGCGCAUCGUCGAGUCGGAGCUUCUGAGAGGCGGGACUUGCUACAGCAGUCUAGAUUCAUUGGACGUGCUGUCGCUCACUGACGAGACGGACAGCUGCGUCAGCUUCGAGGCGCCACUCACCCCUCUCAUCCAGCAGAGGGCCCUAAUGGGCCCUGAACCUCCAGAGCUGGAGCUGGAGACCGUGCAGGAAGGGGCUGAGGGCGAUGCUGAGCUGGGGACGGAUGAAGCCAGCUCUGCAAGUCCACUACGGACCACUAUUCCAGGAAGCAGGUCAGAAAAUGUCUUGAGCCAGCCAGCACAAUGGAACAUCCCUAAUGGAUUCCACAUUGAGCUGCCUGGGAAUGGAGAGAGUGGAGGAACAAUGCCAAACUCUAUCAGUGAUGCCAACCUCACAGAUGUGCUGUGCGACUCGGACUCUGAGUUGGGUAGCGUGGACACGCUGGAGAGGGGCAGCACGGAUACUCUUGCCAACGGCUGCCGCGUCGACGCAGAUGCUGCCAAACGACUUGCUAAGCGACUCUUCUAUCUGGAGGGCUUCAAGCGCUGUGACGUGGCACGACACCUGGGCAAGAAUAAUGAAUUCAGCCAGUUGGUGGCAUCGGAGUACCUGAGCUUCUUUGAUUUCACAGGGUUGUCAUUAGACAGAGCGCUGAGGAACUUCCUGAAGGCGUUUCCUCUGAUGGGAGAGACGCAGGAGAGAGAACGUGUGCUGGUGCACUUCUCCAAACGCUUCUGCCACUGUAACCCAGAAGCUCUCACCUCAGAGGAUGGUGCUCACACACUGACCUGUGCACUUAUGCUUCUUAACACAGACCUGCAUGGACACAAUAUUGGGAAGAAGAUGUCUUGCCAGCAGUUUAUUAGCAAUCUGGACGGCCUCAACGACGGCAAAGACUUUCCCAAAGAAUUGCUUAAGGUGCUCUAUAACUCAAUAAAGAAUGAGAAGCUGGAGUGGGCGAUCGAGGAAGAGGAGUUGAGGAAGAGUCUGUCAGAGCUGGUGGAGGAGCAGUGUGAGGCGGGAGGGAAGAGGGUUGUCAGGGUAACGGACGGGAGUAACCCUUUCAUCGCAAUUCCGCUUUUACUCAACGCUGCGACGUACAAACACGGCAUUCUGACACGCAAAAGCCACGCAGACAUGGAUGGCAAACGCACCCCGAGAGGACGCAGAGGCUGGAAGAAGUUUUAUGCCGUGCUGAAGGGGAUGAUUCUCUACCUGCAGAAAGAUGAGUAUAAGCCUGAUAAAGAUCUGUCGGAGGUGGACCUGAAGAAUGCAGUACGGGUUCACCACGCUCUUGCUACUAGAGCCUGCGACUACAGCAAGAGACAGAACGUCCUCAAACUCAAGACCUCGGACUGGAGGGUCUUCCUCCUGCAGGCCCCGAGUGAAGAGGAGAUGAUGUCAUGGAUUUUCAGGAUUAAUCUGGUCGCUGCUCUUUUCUCGGCUCCUGCUUUUCCCGCCGCCAUCGGCUCCAUGAAGAAAUUCUGCAGACCGCUGCUGCCUUCAUCCACCACUAGACUCAACCAGGAAGAGCAACUGAAGUCCCAUGAGAACAAACUGAAGCAGAUUUCUCUGGAGUUGGAGGAACACAAGAGGAGCCCACCUGAUCUGACGCCAAAGAGCAAAGAAUCAGAAGAGUAUCGAAUCAAAGAGCACUAUUUAACCUAUGAGAAAUGUCGCUAUGAGACGUACGUCAGCCUCCUGCAGGCCAAGUUUCGUGCAGGAAGUGAUGAUUUGGAUAAGAUUGAAGCCAGUCUGUUCAGCGGGGAGGGGAAAGAAGGUUACCUGCGCAAAACUCAGUCCAGCCCGUCAAUCAGUCAAGGUCAGGGGGUCAACGGACGGGCCGGUCAUAAACACGCCCCAGAGCACAAUAGCUGAAGAGCCUUCUUUGACCUCUGAACUCAUGUGACACACUCACGUCUGAGCCUGACUGCAGUAGGUUCAAAUACGUGAGACAGAGUCGAGAGAAAUACAAACGUAGCAUUAUAAUGUCCUUAUUAUUUCAAUGUACAGUAAAUUUAUUAUGACCAUUAUAUGUAUUAUUAGUAUUAUUACUACAACAAUAAACAUUGUUAAUAAUGCUAUGAACAUUAUUAUGUGCCAAAAACGAAAAAAUGAGGAGACCAAGACUGUAUAAGUGGGAAGAAACGACAACACUGCAUAUAAAGUUAAGAGAAAGUGAACUGCGGCAGCACAAAUGCGUUGCGGAAGAUGCACUGUGACAUGCAGCCACGUUGUGAUGUCAUUUAGAAUUUUACUGUGACUUUACAGUGACACACAAAGAGAUUUGUUUAGAUUCCAUUAAAGGUACAGUUCAGCUAAAAAUAAAAAAUCUGACCCUCAUAUCCAAAUCUGUACGAUUCUCUUCUGAGUAGGGCUGUCACGAUUCCUCGAUUCGAUUCGAGUGCUCAGUUUUAAAAAAUUCAUGACUGCAAUUUGCCCUGCAAAAUACCAGAGGUGGCGCAUUUCACGGCCGUGAAUCUAUGCAUUAUUAGACUGUUUUUCGAGGCUGCAUGAUAUAUUAAACCUUAAACCUAAACUUAAAAAUCAUAAUAAAGCAGAAUGACAUUGUGAGGAGUUUUAUAUAUGCGCUUUUUUAUUUACAUGCAUUCACAGUAAAUGCUGCUCCACACAAACUGUUAUCAUUUACAUGUGGGGACCGUCUCAAACUCCAUCCCUGCAUAUUGCUGCGAGUUUAUUAUAACACUCAUCUGGGAACACAACGUGACAUUUCAUCAGAUUUGUAAGACUGGAGAAUACAUCAAUAUCUUUCUCAAUAUGCUAAUUGCUCAUCGUGAUUUCAAAAUAAAAGCUCAAACUCAUUUUUUAGACAUUUUGAUAUCCACAUAUUCAAGAAAUGACAGUGACUGUAGCAUUUCUGUCAUGAAGAAAUGGCCAAAUAAUAAAUAUUAAGUGGAUAUUUGAAUUAAAUGUUUAGUCAAUAUUAAACAAGGAUUAGAUGCUGCAAUAAAAUGUAAAACAGUUGUGAUUUGUUAGAAUGCAUAAUGAACAUUAGUUCUGAUUACUCAAUUAAUUGUCAAAAUAAGCGACUAAGUACUCAAUUAGCAAAAUAAUCUAUAGCGACAGGCCUACUUCUGAGGAACAUAAAAGAUUUUUUAAGUUCUGCCCUACAAAAACAUUUCAUCCCUACACAGGGUUGCCAGGUUUUCACAAUAAAACCCACCCAAUUGCUACUCAAAGCCUAAAACUAGCCCAAUUGCGUUUCGAGAGGGUCAUCCGUUAAAAAUUGCAUUCCGGGUGAUAGAUUACAUGUUUUUGGUUGGGGUUCCCCUGGUAAAUUCGUAUUUCAGGGGCUAAAUAUGACAUUAUUGGGGUCGCUUAAACCCCAGACAUCAAAAACAACCUGCGGCAACAGUGUUAAAGUAGCCAAAUUCUGCAGGAAAACCACGGACUUGGCAACACUACAGCACUGUGUACCGUCCGUUUAGGGCACGACUGUCAGUUUGACUGACCAAUGGCACGCUGGAAGAGUUCUAAAAAUCUAUUUGAAAAGUCAAAAUUUCGUUGUGGCACAGAAAUGAUACAUUUACCUUUUAAAUAAGUCAUGACAUCACUUGGUAGUGUUUGACAUUCUGUAUGACAUCACAACGUGUGUCUACCCCAUGGCUGUGUGCGGUAACGACUUCCUGAUUGACAGGUCUGGUUUAGAUGUAGCAUUUGUUGUACUCACAGUAUCAGCCUCAUGAAGUAGCCAGUUUAAGGGCUUCGCUGCACGUUGGGGUGCAUGUAAAGAUUCAUGUUGGCUGUCUGUCGUGUUAUACAACUACCCCCUUGUAAUUAUUUAUUAUGUUAUAUUUAUUAAUUGUAAAUUUAUUUUCUCCUUUCGGAGCCAAUAUAGCAGAAAGACGCUUGUAAAGAUGACUACAUUUGACCUAUGAUUAGUUUAACCCGCCCCGUUGUUUUUUUAACUCUCUGAACUGAGGAGCUGACGGCUGAUUAAUGGAUCCAGGGAUAUAUGGGAUGUUGGAGAAUACAGUGUCUUAACACGGGACAGGGUACGGGACGUUGUAAUUGUAUGCGCACAAGCGAGGAAGGAAGACUGCAAGUUGAGUCUGAGUAUGCAAAACAGUGACGAAGAGGAAAAAACAUUUCGGACUGAAAGCGACGCCCUCAUUUUCUCUAUUCAAUGGACCACAAAGCCUCUAUGUGUCUCUAUGUGCCUGCAGAAAAUUCAACCUGGACUGAAUAUUGAGCAGCAGGACUGCAAACAACACACCAUGAACCUCCCUGCCUCUUCAUCUGAAUCGCUGUAGCGAAUCGAGACGUCUCAAUCCUGGAAACGUAUCACUUUUGAAGAAGAUAAUUGUUCUUGAGCCACCAAAUAGGACUCUGAAACUUAACGGUACAAACUUUGAGCAAGUGCAAGUAGAUUUUUAUAGUCCUGUUGUAAAGCAUGAGGACAUUGAAAGUGAGAGAAUGAGCUUUUGGCUCUUUUAUGCUUUAUGGAUGUGGAAUGACGUAAGAGCUGCAAUUUUAUACAUUCUUAGUAAUGGCUUUCUUAAAGGGACCUCUAUAGCCUACUUUUCGCUUUGGCUGUUGUGCUAACAUGAUUUUCCCGUUUAGGGUAGAACUCAGACGCUGUUGUAAUAAAAGAUUGUGAUGAUUA